AUGAGCGCCGAAUCGGCAACAUCUGCGCUCUACAUUACGUCGAAUACUGCCAUUUCCCUGCACACAAAGCUUUUGACGGACGACGACAUUGCCAAGUCUGCCGAGACGAAAGUAGAACAACCCAUGACGAUGAUCCCCCAUCCUUUGUUGUUCGUUCGAGAGUUGCCGCUUUUCAAGGGUUGGAAACCCGACCGCACAAGCUCUGACACCAUGUGGCAGAACGGCGAACGCUUCGUAGCAACAUACCGUAGUAGGCUUGCCGACCGUGAACACAGUAAACACGACGAUCUCGUUCGUGACACGUCCAACAUGGAAAACGCGUCAUGGUAUCACGAGAAUCGGCAUGACAGACUUGCAGCGGAGUUGUCGUCGGUAUGA